AGCAGCGACCUCCCUUGACGGGCCCCGCGGCCCGGGCUUCUGGGGUGUUCCCCAACCACGGCCCAGCCCCGCCACACCCCCCGCCUCCGGCCUCCGCAACUCGGCAUGGGCGCGGGGGCGCUCGCCCUGGGCGCCUCCGAGCUUGGCAACCUGUCAUCGGCCGUGCCGCUCCCCGACGGCGCGGCCACGGCGGCGCGACUGCUGGUGCCCGCGUCGCAGCCCCCGUCGCUGCUGCCCGCCGCCAGCGUGAGCCCCGCGCCGCUCUCGCAGCAGUGGACCGCCGGCAUGGGCCUGCUGAUGACGUUCAUCGUGCUGUUCAUUGUGGCGGGCAACGUGCUGGUGAUCGUGGCCAUCGCCAAGACGCCGCGGCUGCAGACGCUCACCAAUCUCUUCAUCAUGUCCCUGGCCAGCGCUGACCUGGUCAUGGGGCUGCUGGUGGUGCCGUUUGGGGCCACCCUCGUGGUGUGGGGCCGUUGGGAGUACGGCUCCUUCUUCUGCGAGCUCUGGACCUCGGUGGACGUGCUGUGUGUGACGGCCAGCAUCGAGACCCUGUGUGUCAUCGCCCUGGACCGCUACCUCGCCAUCACGUCGCCCUUCCGCUACCAGAGCCUGCUGACCCGCGCCCGGGCGCGGGUCCUGGUCUGCACCGUAUGGGCCAUCUCGUCCCUGGUGUCUUUCCUGCCCAUCCUCAUGCACUGGUGGCGGGCCGAGGGCAAGGAAGCGCGCGGCUGCUACAAGGACCCUAAGUGCUGCGACUUUGUCACCAACCGGGCCUACGCCAUCGCCUCGUCGGUCGUCUCCUUCUACCUGCCUCUGUGCAUCAUGGCCUUCGUGUACCUGCGGGUCUUCCGCGAGGCCCAGAAGCAGGUGAAGAAGAUCGACAGCUGCGAGCGCCGCUUCCUAGGCGGCCCCGCGCGGCCGCCCUCACCGGCGCCCUCGCCCGGCUCCCCACGCGCCGGCGAGCCGGUGGCCAACGGGCGCACCAGCAAGCGGCGACCCUCGCGCCUCGUGGCGCUGCGGGAGCAGAAGGCGCUCAAGACGCUGGGCAUCAUCAUGGGCGUGUUCACGCUCUGCUGGCUGCCCUUCUUCCUGGCCAACGUGGUGAAGGCCUUCCACCGCGAGCUGGUGCCCGACCGCCUCUUCGUCUUCUUCAACUGGCUGGGGUACGCCAACUCGGCCUUCAACCCCAUCAUCUACUGCCGCAGCCCCGACUUCCGCAAGGCCUUCCAGCGCCUGCUCUGCUGCGCGCGCCGGGCCGCCCGCCGGCGCCACGCCGCCUCCGGCGACCGGCCGCGCGCCUCCGGCUGCCUGACCGUGGCCGAGCCGCCGCCGUCCCCCGGGGCCGACGACGAGGACGACGACGAGGACGUCGGGGCCGCGUCGCCCGGGCGUUUGCUGGAGCCCUGGGUCGGCUGCAACGGCGGCGCGGCGGCGGACAGCGACUCGAGCCUGGACGAGCCCAGUUGCCCGGGCUCCGCUUCGGAAUCCAAGGUGUAGCGCGCGGGGCUGCGCUCCAUUCUGGCUGCCCAGGGAACUGGUCUUCUGGGGACCGGCGGCGAGCUGUGUUUACUGCAGGCCCAAAGCAGGUGGCCGCAACGCCCACAAGCCUCGUCGGAGGUGACCCAGAGGAACAGAGAAGCCACGCACCAUUGCACAAAAAGGAAAGUUUGGGAGAGGAGGGGAGAGUAGCUUGUGGCUUUUCUCGGAUUCUUUUUGUUUGGGGCUUGGCCUUCCUUUUGUACUUGCGGGUGAAGCAGCUUUGGGAUUUUUGUUUUUGUUUUUAACCCCCCUCUCCAGAUGGGUUUUUGUUUGUUUGUUUGUUUGUUUGCUUUUGACACUUUAUGCGAGGACCUGAGUUGACAUUGCCUCGAUUGGGGAAAGGGAAAAUAUUAGAGGGUAGAAGUCUUAUUUCUUUGGCCUCUACUCCAUUCCAGAGAAACAGGAAAAAGGGGGCUGCGGAGGUGACAGGGGCACAGUUAAUCAAAACGUAUUCCCUCUUGCUUUCCAGAGAAAGUAAUUUCAGUCUAACCCCCUGAAUCAAGAUUUCUCCUGUUCUUAAAGCAGAGGGGGAAGGAGAGAUGCAAAAAGCACGUUUCAAGCGUUUUUAAGCUAUUCUUGGAACAAGCCUCACCUUGCUUAGCGUUUGUAGGGCCGACUGACUGGCUGUCUCCCAGCCCCGACCCAUCCACCUACCCACCCAUCCGUGCUCCCUGCGUCUGGUGGCCAGGCUGAGGGCGUCCUACCUCACACUGUGCUUGUGGCACAGGCAGAUAGAAAGAUUUGUUUAUAUUAAACAGCUUAUUUAUGUAUCAAUACGCGUUUGAAGGACCAGGCGCUGAGCCUCUGUGACAUAACCCUGUCCAUGAAAGACAGGACAGAAAGGGGUGUCGUUUUGUUUUGUUUUUUAAAAAAGGAACCAGUUCUAGUAUCAAAACAGAUAACUGCACAUUUGGGUUUAGGAAAAAAAAAUUUUAAGAGGGGGAAGGUGGCCCGAAAUGCCAUUUUGCACAGUGUUAGAAAUUUUGAAGUCCACAUGUUACUUGCACAAAAAAGAAAUGGAAUAUUUUUAUGGGCGGGGUGAUCUUCAAAGUGAAAAUAAAAUUCAAACUCUACUUCUGUUGUCUAUUUAUGUUUUUAUGCUAAUGAGCUCCUGAUUUAUUAGGGAAAUACUUUUUUAUACUCUUUUUAUCAUGGUACUGUAACUGUAUUGAGAUUCUAAAUAUUAUUAUUUUAAGGGAUUUUUAUUUUAUUUUUUAAUGUUCACGUGCCCCCUCAGUGAACCUGCUGGUAAAAUUUAGCACUUGUGUGUAAAUUCUAUUUCCUCCUGUGUCUUUUGCCAAGUAUUUAUACUCCCGUGCAACUAACUACUGUGUGAGGAAUUGAAUGUGCAAUAAAUACCCAUGAAGCCCAA